UAUAUUACAGGUGCAGCGUGUUUAUCAUCGCUCCACUUGCUGGUUGACAGUCUUCACACUCUGCUCCAGUGAGUCCAAAACAUUAAAGUGGAUAAACAGCAAGAAGAGAAAGAGCAUGUUCAGGAACCAUUGUGAGAAGUCUUGCUCCCGCAGUUAAAAAAAGUUCAACGAAAAAGAAGAGGAUUUGUUGAAAUAAAAAGUUGAAUACACUUUUGGAAACAACAUAUAAGCAAUCCAGCUAAAACAAAUGCUCUAGAAAAUACUGCUCUAUGAUCUGAGGCUGCUGCGUGGCUUCUAGGAACCAGAAAACUGCAAGAGACCAGAACCAGCAACACUGGAUCUUGUUGACUGCCAGCCAACACUAUGUGGGAGUGUCUCUGUCCAAUGCAGUUAACUUGAAGAGGAUAAGUCAUUAAAGGAAUGGCAAUAUUUAAGACAUGCUUGUCCAUCUUUGCCCUUCUCCUGACACUAACUAUUUUGGAAACAGGGAACUUCAUUGAAUCUCCAAGUCAGGUUUUACCGGAACACAAUGAAGAAGAAUCAUGUAUACCUCACACCAGGGGGAAAAGGAGUGUGGCUACAAACCAAUGGAAUUACACACUUGAUGUUGUAUUGAAUGCCUCUGAAGUGGCAAUAAUUCAGCAGUUUCAGUCCUCUUUGAACAGUUUUCCCAUACAACUUAGUAACAACACAGAGAUCUCGGACAUUACCUUCACAACAGUGUGUUCCUCGACUGCCACUGGCUUCCAGUGUAGAUGUGAGGACAAUUUUGCUUGGCCAUACAGCACAUGUGUCACGUAUGGAGCCUGUGAUUCCAUUGUUAUUGGCAUCUGUACAUGCAUUGAUGCUAUUCCAGCUGAUGGACAGUCCUGCCAGGCAAUAUCAGGGCUUCUGGCUCAGGUUGAGUACGAUGUGGAUGUUAAUCUGAAUUUUACUGAUCUUGAGACCGUGGACGCCCUUAGAAGCAUCCUGGACGCAGGUGGCUUUUCUCUAGCCUUGGGUCCAACUGUGAACGUCACACACAUUAACAUCACCACAGUUUGUUACCCAAAUGGUACAAACUUCCAGUGCAGAUGUGAGGAACAGUAUGUGUGGUCAUUAAGCAACUGUAAUACAUACGGAGCCUGCGAUGACAUCAUUGACAACACGUGUGGGUGUAUCAACAGUAUUCCUACCACUGGACAAUACUGCGUGCCACAGACAGUACCUUUAGUAUUUUAUGAAUACCAGAUUAUUAUCGAGGUGAAAACCAGCGAUGCGGAUCAGCUGAGAAACGUCCUGAACAGUUUAACUUUUCCUGUCCAGAUCAGCCCCUCAGUUAACAUAUUAGAUGCCAAUAUCACCACAGUUUGCAGCCAAGAUAACACUGGGUUUCAGUGCCACUGUGAAAAUGACUAUCUUUGGCCGUGUGAUAAGUGUGACACCUAUGGGAAAUGUGAUGGUAAUACAAGCAACACAUGUGGAUGCAUCAAUGCCAUUCCUCCUGAUGGACAAUACUGCCAGCCUGCUGAUCAAUACAAUGUUACAGCUUGUCCUCCUUCAACAACUCCAUCACCAACAACUCUUCCUUCAACAACUCCAUCACCAACAACUCCUCCUAUUCUCUUUGAAUACAUCAUUUUGGUUGAGUUGAACACCACAGAUACUCUAAUAAAUCAACUGAGUACCUUUCUGAGAAGCAUCCGUUACCCCUUUAUCCUCAACAACGCACAAAUCCUUGAUGUAAACAUUUCUACAGUUUGCUCUCCGAGCAGUUCUGGUUACCAGUGCAGAUGUGAGGAUCAGUAUCGUUGGUCAUGUGACCAGUGUUUACAGUAUACAUCCUGUGACAACAUCACUGGGGACACAUGUGGAUGCAUCAAUGCCAUUCCUCCUGAUGGACAAUACUGCCAGCCUUCUGGUCAAAACAACUUUACCCGUUGUCCUCCUACAACAACUCCAUCACCAACAACUCCUCGUAUCAUAACUCCAACACCAACAAUUGUGACCAAUACAACAACCACAAUGUCUCCAACAACCACAACGUCUCCAACAACCACAACGUCUCCAACAACCACAAUGUCUCCAACAACCACAAUGUCUCCAACAACCACAAUGUCUCCAACAACCACAAUGUCUCCAACAACCACAAUGUCUCCAACAACCACAAUGUCUCCAACAACCACAAUGUCUCCAACAACCACAAUGUCUCCAACAACCACAAUGUCUCCAACAACCACAAUGUCUCCAACAACCACAAUGUCUCCAACAACCACAAUGUCUCCAACAACCACAACGUCUCCAACAACCACAACGUCUCCAACAACCACAACGUCUCCAACAACCACAAAGUCUCCAACAACCACAACGUCUCCAACAACCACAACGUCUCCAACAACAGGGUUCAAUUUGGAAAUGACAGUGCAAUUAAACAAGACGUUCACAGAAACAUUGAAAGAUCCAACAAGUGCUGAAUACAAAAAUCUUAAAGACAACAUGACUACAUUGUUAAACAAGGAGUAUGGAGGAAUCACAGGGUUUAUUGGUGUUUCUGUGACAGGAUUCAGAGAAGGAAGCAUAUUUACAGAGUUUGUUGUUGAGACUACAGAGGUUAAAACUGCAGAAUUGGCUGAAGCAAAUACAGCAUUUUCAAAAGCAGUAACCUCUACUAUUGCCCCUGUCAUUGGCUCUGUCACUGCAUUGUACAACAGUGAAGAUAAAUUAAGGAUUAACGCCACCAUUUAUAAUGGAAAUCGCAUGAGACUGGUGUGCGAACCCAGUAUUAAUGUGGGACAAAUAAGUAGUGUUAAGUGGACAUUUCGUGGAAGGGUAAUUAAGGAGUCUGGAAGGAAACAAAUAACAAAUUCUAACACAAUGUCUGUUCUAACAAUAGAGAAAGCCGAUGUUGUGGAUACUGGAAUGUACCAAUGCACUCUGAUGGGCGACGUAUUGCAGUUCAGACAAGAAAGGGACGUGAUUGGAGAUGAUAUCAAACCACCUCCCAUCAUAGUAUCAAAGUCUCACAUACCCGUUAGAUGUCUGGAGGGACAAACAGUACCACUUGAGUGUUGUGUGCAGUCCCCUUUUAAGGUGAAGUGGUUUAAAGACUCACUUACUCUUGAACCUACUGUUACUGAAAAUGGAAACCCAUUCUGUCGCACAUAUGAAUACCCGCUCGUAGCCUGCAGUGGACCAACGUCACCAACAUUUACUUGUAAGGUCGAUGAUCUCGAUUAUAGACGGGUAACAACAUUGACAAUUUCCGAAGAACCUUUUACAUGUAAAGACGCUGAUUAUGGGGAUGGAAGAGAAGGCGAACUAUCUAGUACAGAAUGUCCUCCAGGUCAAGUGGGGGAAAAGAUUGCGAAGUGUGAUAAUGGAAAGUGGAUAUUGUUAGAGGACACUUGCGUUAUCAAAUUAAUCAAGGAGUUGCUUGUUUCUUCAGAGGAGUUGCAGGUGGAGGAUGUCCCAGAUUUUGUGGAGAAGCUAAGUGAAGAGAUCAAAGUGAUUAAGAAUGAUGUAGCAAAGUCACCUAAUACCAUAUCAACUAUCGUGGAAAUCCUGGGCAACAUUGCACUUAUUGAUACUCUGGUAGUCAAUCAACCUGUCAUAGAGGGUGUCCUUCAAACAGUUGAUGUCAUUAUUGGUGAGGAUUCAAGAGAGUCCUGGACAGCUCUGAAUGCAAACGAAAGCAACAACGCAAGCUCUGAUUUACUGGGUUCGAUGGAACUCCUCUCUGAUAAAAUAAAUGGGACAUUUACCUUUGAGACUGCUGCAAUCCUCUUCGACAGAAGCACCUUUGACCCUGACCUUAUCUCGUUCUCCGCAAAUCUGAACAACAGCGUUGUCCUGGACAUUCCUAACACCGGCUUUAGCAAUGCCUCUAUCACCACUAUUACUUUCUCCACCCUAAAUAAUGUUAUGCCAGUACGGAGCUCCAGCUUUAACACCAGCCUCUUCAACACCAAUAACACUGACCCCGUUAAUGCCCUCAACGCAGCUGUGGUGCUGAUAAAAGUAAAUGAAACUAUUCGGAACGUUACUUUAAGCUACACCAAGUUAAACACGACUCUGACGCAAGAUCCUCAGUGUGUCUUCUGGAACUUUAGACUGUUUGACAACAGGGGUGGUUGGGAUAGUGACGGGUGUCAGUUUGUUUCCGAUAUAAAUGACACAGUAACCUGCAGAUGCGACCAUCUCACCUCAUUUUCAAUUCUGAUGUCAACUGGUAUCCCUCAAGAAUUAAAAGAACUCUUGGAUAUAAUCACCUACGUUGGAGUUGGGAUCUCUUUGGCAAGUUUAGUUAUAUGUUUAAUUAUUGAAGGAUACGUUUGGAAAGCCAUAACUAAAAAUAGCACUGCCUUCAUGCGUCAUGUUUCCAUCAUUAACACUGCCCUCUCUCUGUUGAUCGCUGACAUCUGCUUUAUCAUUGGAGCCUCCAUUGCCGACAACCCAGCUGAAAACCCGGGGAAGAAUAACUAUAAUGUUCCAGUUGACUCUUGCAGCACAGCAACAUUUUUUAUGCACUUGUUUUACCUUGCGGUGUUCUUUUGGAUGCUGGUUUCAGGCCUUCUGCUACUUUACCGGACAGUCAUGGUCUUCUCCCACAUGUCCAAGGCAGUCAUGUUGGCUAUUGGCUUCUUAUUAGGCUACGGGUGCCCUCUGAUCAUAGCUGUUGUUACUGUUGCCGCCACAGCACCAGGAGAAGGAUACAUCACGAACAAAGAGGCUUGUUGGCUUAACUGGGAGCAAACAAGGGCUCUGUUGGCGUUUGUGAUACCUGCCUUAACUAUAGUUUGUAUCAACAUCAUUAUCGUAAUCGUGGUCCUGUUCAAAAUGCUAAGAAGAGGCGUGGGAGACGCCGGCCAAAGAGAGGAAAGGCAUACGCUGGUGGUCAUUCUAAGGUGUGUGGCCAUUUUGACUCCUUUAUUUGGACUGACCUGGUCUUUAGGAGUGGGGACCAUGCUAGAUUCGACAAAUAGAGGACUCCACAUUGUCUUUGCACUCUUCAAUUCACUACAGGGUUUCUUCAUUUUAGUGUUUGGGACACUACUCGAUUCAAAGAUCCGUUCUAUCCUCGCAAGAAAAUCACCUACAACAAGCACAGGCUCCAAUACAACCAGAAGUACAAGUGGGGGCAUUUCCUCCACUGGACUCAACUGGUUCCAUCGACUGCGUGGAAGAAGAAACGUCUACCAAGUGUCAGAGGCUGUAAACUCGGGCAGUGCUGGUGCGUCGGAGUCAUUCUCCAAUAUCUAAAUCAAUGCACUGGAACCGUACACUUUAUUUCUUUAGGGCUAUUUAUUCAAAACAUCUGACAAUUAUAGGAUUUUCAGCACAUAAUCAGAAACGUUGCAGUUUACUGGGAUGAUAUUGUAAGAGAUGGUGCAACAGACAUGGUGAGUUUUGAAUUCAGAAUAGUUUAGGUCCUACAGGCAGCAUUAAAAGACGUUUGCAUUGUAAAGGUACUGUUCCGUUAUUCAAAGCCCUAGGAAAGCAAGAGUGACACAACAUUGUGAAUGAAACUUUGAAAUUACAUUUUAUUUUGAAGUGUGAAAUGUAGUGGUGCUCUGAAUCAAUGAUGUGCAAUGAUCAAUUAUUAUCUUAAUGUACAGUCGUAGUGAAUCAUACCUACUAGCUUCUAGGUGUUUCAUGAUAACAUUGAUAAUACCAUGACUAUGUUCCUGAGAAAAAGAGCAUAAUACUUCCUUCAUUAAAAGCAAAACCUAAAACCUAAAAAAUGUGUAAAAAGAUAAAUAGAUUUUUAGUAACAGUGUAGCUCAAUAAUGCAUGUUAGCUAAACAGCAGCAGUUGUAAGAACAGCAAUGAAAUUAAACUAAUGUAAUGUUCAUUGGCCCGCCCCCCCCCCAAAGAAAAUGCUCGCCAUGAAGAACUUUGCUUUUAAAAUAUGUGGAGAGUUCAAUGAUGUGUAUAUACAGUUGUUUUAGUUUUUCAUAAAUGUUUUUUAUUAUAAAUGAAAUGCUUUACACAA